AAUCUCACCAACAUGUGGUAUCUCAGACUCAGAGCAGUUGCAACAGUUGGCCCAGUUCUGUAUUUCUAAUUUAUUUAUUUCUAACGGUUUUCCUAUUUUUGGAUGGUGCACAGGAAGUUGUGUAAUUUUGACCCAGGCCUGAUGACGAACCCCCUGCUGCUUGUGGUUCUGGUUUGAGAUUGAUGUGCUAUUCUGACUCCUCGAAUGUAAAAGGAGGAGAAGGAUGUGUGGUGAAACGAAUGAGAUCUCCGGGGACAUUCCCGUCGAUCUGGAACGAUGUGUCAAUCGUCUAAGGAACACGAAUCCCGAAAAAUUCCAGGAACUUUGCAAAAUGCAUUUAUCAUUCUUAUUAGACUUUCCUUCGAUAGAAGAAUUCUUGAGUGAUCCAUUCACGAACACUACAGCUGAAGUGACGUCAAAAAAUAAGAAGCUUUUUACGCCGUUUUCAAAGAGGAAAAAUAAAUGUUUACAAAAUAUUGGUGCUGCCCUCACAGAGAACUCAAUAAACCAAAUAUACCAACUAGUGCAAUAUCUAGGAAGACCACACAAUAUUAAACAAGAAGGGUUAUUCCGUAAGACAGGACAUCUGAACCGACAGAAAGUGCUAAAAGACCGUCUCUACGCCGGCCAACCACUCCAGCUCGACAAUGGCGACUUCAGCGCCCAUGACUGUGCCAAUGUGCUAAAAUGUUUCCUUGGGGAUUUGUCCGAACCCAUCCUGAAGGACCGCUUCUACGAGGCUCACUGUCAAGUACCAGCCAUGUUACCUGAGAACGCGACGACGGACGAUCGGUUCACACCAGAACUGAUCCAGCUCAAAGUCACCAAACAACUCAAGACGGUGCAGUUACUAUUCCACCUCCUCCCCGCGGAGAACUCCACUGUGCUAGAAUGUAUCCUCAAGUUGUUACACAAAGUCGCCGAAGAGGAAGAAAAUAAGAUGACGGCCGAGACGCUUGGGACACUCUUUGCACCUCAUAUCUUGUGUCCAAGAAAGAUUACUGCUAAUGAGCUCCACGCCGCAUCCAAGAACAUCACACGUGCUAUGUCAUUCAUGAUCCGCCACACGCCAACCCUGCUCCAGAUCCCGCGAGAUCUCGCCCAGGAUAUUUCGACGUACUGGAAGCAAAUGGAAGAGGAGCCGGUAUCUCGUCCGAGCAGCAGAUCAUCUGAAGAUGAUCCAGAUCUUGCUGUGGAUACAUUCGGACUACGUCAUCAAGAAUCUGUUGUCAUCAACACGUGUGUGCAAUUCGUUGACCGUAAGGGGUCUCAAGAAGCGUCUGAGAAAACGGACACGGAAGUUGCCCUUGCUCAGCUUUACGCUUAUGUGCAAUCUUUACCUGAGUCGAGCAAGAAGAGGAAAUUAUUGAAACAGUUUAACAAGGCUAACAACCCAUAUGGCGCCGGAUUAUCCACAACGAACCCAUCCACUCCCUCAUCUAUCAAACACAAGCGUACAAAGUCUAUUGGAGCGUCCCUAAGAAAAAAGUUCACCAAGAAAAGGGAGAAAGUUGACUUUGGCACAAGCACAUACCGUGGCUUCAACUUGUCGAAUGAUUAUGGUCUGAGCAACAACAGUGAGAACAUGCUUAACUGCUCCAGUAUAUCAAGUGAUAACAUCCUUUCUAGUCAACUAACACCCCUUGAUAAACAAUACUAUCACUUGCGAAGUCUAACAUGCCCCCGGCCAAGGACACCUUGUACUCGAACACCUGUCACACGGUUAUUCAGUAAUGAACAUGAUAAGAAAAGUGUUAAGAGUUCAAACGACAAAGUCUGCAUCGUCGAUCUGAACCUGUCUGCACCCCUCCUGUCUCCCCCGGACACACGCAAACGUAAACCCCUCGAGGAGAGUGUCUUGAACCGACUCAAUGAAGCAUGUGAACCACCGGCAAAAAAGGAGAGGCGCUUCACCGAUGAAGUUGGAAAGAAUAUUGAGGCACUGUUGUCCCCUAUCCCACACCAGUCUUCCUUAGGCAGACGUAAUAUGCUCACCCCACGCUGCAGAGUUCCGAUCGUCAUGUGCCAUUCACCCGAUCUUUUGAACCAGGAAACCCGCUGUUCACCGUUGAAGUUCUCCAAGCUCGCAUGGCAGUGAGGUCAGAGGUCAAGGAACUAUCGAUCAUGGGUGCUUUUGGGGGGCCUUCUCCACGACGCUAAACGUUCACUGCUGCAGAGAAGACUCGGCGUAAAGGAAUUUGACAAUUUUAUUCCAAAUCAAGAAAGUCAUUUGGAAAAAAGCAUAACAGGAACUAUUCAUGGAUGACUGAAAUAGACAUUCAAGAACAAUUUCAUGUUAAAUCUUAAUCGCAAUCAGUGUCCUCAGAAAGAUUUUGAUUCAUUGGCCGGUUACAUCUCUAGUUAAAUUCUUCAUUGUUCAAGUUGGAAAUUAAGAAAGUAAAGAUUUAUUGAAAAUUAAGUGCAAUACUUAGUGCAUAAAGAUGUUAAUUUAGUUUAGCACAAGUAGGACAUAUAGUUAGAUGUCAGGUUGUAGAUUUAGGUUAUUGUAGUGGUGGAGAUGGUGGAGAUGAACCCCCAGUUUGUUCAACUCACUUUGCCAGAAGAACAUGUUCAUUCAUGGAGAAACCCCUUGUUACGUCAUUGUUUUUCUUGCAAGGUUUGUUGGCCACAAACAAUGAUAUCGUGCAAAUUGCUUAGAGAAUAUUCCCAACUGCCAAAAUACAUGUAUGUAUACUGCCAGCUAGCAGCAGAUUGAGGAAUUGAAGAGUUGAGACUGGUCUGGCCUUCAUCGAGUUGUAGUAAGUUUGGAAAUACUGUUCUUUAUCAAUGUUUUAUUCUGCUUUUUAAAUUCAAUUCCACAGAAGGGGUUGGCUAUUGAAACUCAAGCUUUCUUUCCAUGAAUCAGCUCUUGGCAUUUGUGCUCAAAAUCUCUUCAUUUGAAAGAGAUAUAAAAUCUUUUAAAAAGAUUCUAUAGCAAUUUGUUCUGUUAAAAUUUUGCUUCCAAUCAGACAUUUGGAAGUUUAAGGAAAGUGUAGAAUCAAGUUAUGGCUUUUUGCUUUCACAGCCUUUUAGAUUUUUACUGUUAAAAGUUUAUAGUUCAUUUUAAUCACACUUGUAAAAUAUCUCCUUGUUGAAAAUUCUUUUAUGAUUUAGAAUCUUUGACCAUCGUUUUCAUUUCUCCAGAGACUGGUUCUGUCUGCAUUGUAACAUUUUUCUGUUGUCAAUGAAAAUUUCUGUAAAAGGCUACAUUAAACUUGGCGAAAUAAUAAAACUUGAGUAAAAGCAGUACCAUGUUGUGCUGAGUUUGGGCCAAGUGUAAGCAAUUUAGAUUAAAUCAGAAAACAUAAUGUGUGGUUUUUUAAAAGGAGAAAACAGAUGUUGUGUGAAUGUUUUUGUUGUGAUUGUUGGAAUGAGUGUGAUUCUGUGCACGUGAAUGAAAUGUUGUAUAUAGCUUUGGCUUAAAGGUCAAAAAUAGAUAAUAUCUCUUUCAAUCGAUCUAGAUGUACUACUACACGAUACAAGAUCUAGAUGUACUGGUACACGAUAUUGUAUCAUUUUUGAUUAACUAGAAGUAAAAUUAUCAAAUCAAUCUAUGUGCUUUUAAAAUUCCAUAAUCAUCAAUGUUGUACAUAGUGACAUAGUAUUUGUGAAUUAUUUGUUGUGAAGAUUGCUGUUGUAAUCUGACUACUUAAUUGGCCAACAGUUUUUUUUCUGAUGAUUCACUCCAAAAUUCCUCUGUGAGACAUUCUUUAAUCAUUGUCCCUUGCAGUGAAUUCCUGUUAGCAUAGUCCAAUAGAGGUUCUUCAAGUGACGUCACAAUGUGACGUUUUGACGGCACCCUGCCAAUGCAUUUCCUUUUCGCCGAGACCACGUGUGACGGCCAAUGUGGCAGUGCAAAACAAUUGGUAACGUCAUCAUGUGACGUCAGUGAAGAACUUGUAUAGAAUUUUAUUUGGCAAAAAUACACAGAAUACAUAUUAUAAUUAAAGAGUAUCUGAGCUGAAUAUACACAGAAUACAUAUUAUAAUUAAAGAGUAUCUGAGCUGAAUCUUUCCAGCAUCAUAAGCCUCGUUGAUUACAAUAAAUUUGGUUUCGGUUUUUCAAUACUCAAUUAAAACAUUAUUCUCAAUACAGCAGAACCUCUCUGUGAAGGACGUCCCUCGGGCUGACAAGUGCUGUCCUUAAGAGGUGUCCUGAUUAGAGUGGUUGAAUGGAAACAACCAAUUUGGUGCCAAAACUAGUGUCCUUAUAGAGAGGUUGUCCUUAAUAGAGAGGUGUCCACUAAGGGAGGUUACACUUUAUAUCCAUAUCCUUUUUCAUGACAGGGGAUUGUAGUGCACAUUUUACUUGGCGAAACCUGAACACCAAGUUCAUCAAGCGGGUGCCGUUACAUAGUGUUGAAUUGUUGUGACUACGUGAUGUAAAUUUUAGUGGAAAUCAGCACCGCCAGUUGGUAUGCCCAAUCUGGCCCUAUUAUUGACCGAAAAGAUAACCAUGUCUUUGAGAAGUAAGGAUUAUUGUAGAUUUUGUAUUUAGACUUCUAUAGGAACUGCUUGCAUUUGUGUAUAUCUGUUGUUUUUGUAAAUUUGGUUCCAGUCAAGCACUGUACAAAAAAGGAUGAGCACUGUCAGCUAA